GCCGCCCGGCCGCGGCCAUGGCGGGCUAUUUGACUCCGCGCUUCAGGAGGAUCCGCAGUCGGAGCGAGUUGGAGCCGCGGCGGGGGAGCGGGCGGCGCCGAGAUUGUGAUGGUCCUUUUCAAGCAACUCAGCUGUGGAAUAAUAUUAUACAUGCCCUUCACAAUCAAGUGGAAAUCAAAAGACGUAGACAAUAUCUGAAAACAUACAGAAACUGUUUCACCGGCUCCAAUGCUGUGGAUGUGGUACUGAGCCAUCUUAUGCAAAGCAUGUACCUAAGCUGCAAUGAUAUUUCUCGGCUGAAGGGAGUCCGUGUGUGCCAAGCGCUGAUGGAUCACAAAGUGUUUGAGCCAGUUGGAGCAAAGCUUUACUUGUUCAAGAAUGGGAAAGAAACAGAGUUUGAAGACACAGACACUAGUCUCUAUAGAUUUGUAAAUAGCAGUCUUGAUCCUCUUCUUCCAAGAAAGAAUAAGRACAAUCAAAGUUUAUCUCCUGAGCAAAUCUGCAAACAGAAAACAAAAAGACGUUCCAAAACAAAGCGUGACACAACACUUUCAAACCCCWUAGCAUUGGAAGCAGCUGAUAAAAAGAAGGUUGAGGAGCUUCUUCGAUCAAUAUAUAUUCAUGCAUCUUUGCCUCCAAAGAGCAUGGUUAAUGAACCAACUCAUCUGCUUUCAAAAAGAGUAAUAGAAGAUGCCUGGAAACAGCAAACUCUGCUACGACUGCUGCAGUUAAUUGAUGUUCCUCUUCUAGAAGAUAUCUUGGUGUCUUCAGUGAAGACAAAAUYAGACAGUUUUGGCAAAGAAGAAGACAUGGUUAUCUCAAAUACUUUCCUGGACAGAGAGGUUACGUGUAGCUUAAACUUGCCCGAGCUUGACAGAUGGCUCUACGCUGCAAUUGAAUGCUUGGAGUAUUUUCCUGAUCAAUUCCUAGUGAUGGUUAGUCAGCAGUUACCUGAAAGYACUAACAACCCCAGCAGUCUGAAUGCAUACAAGAAGAUUCUUUUUGAUGUUAUAGUGAAGUAUUACAGUCAAAAGAAGGACUCUCUUCUUGCCACUCAGGAUCAGGAUAUUCAUUCGGGAAUUAUAGAACUUAUAGAAAGAGGAAAAACAGAUCAAGCUAUAGAAGCAUUACAACUUUAUUUAAAAUUAUUACCACCAAAUAUUAGUGAAGAACUACACAGRCUCCUUACAUUCCUAGCCAUUGCAUCAGAAUCUGAGGGCUACAGAUUGCAAAAACAAUUUGAGAACAGAUUUGUGAUCAUCAAGACUUGUGCAAAGUUCAUCUUGCAAAAUAGAACAUUGUCAAAACCACAGGCAGAACUGCUGGCUCAGUUUCUGAUGGACAAUCACUCUGAGCUCUWCAAGACUCCUUUAACUCUUCUGGAACUAAUGAGUAGAAGACUUCAGCAUUUGGUAGAAAGGCAAGAUCCAGAUAUCAAUUCAGGCUUCACCUUCUGUCAGCACAUUUCAGCUAAAGAAUAUGAAGAUCAAAAACAACAAACCAAUCAGUUUCUUCUAGCACUGAUUCAAGAGAUGGACAAUGACCCCACUGUUCCUUUGAAGCAAAAGAAGAAAUUAAUCAAAGAAUUCCAAAAAUACCAUUCUCUUGUCUACUGUAGUGGUUGUAAAACUACAUGUGAAUUUUGUACUCCAAAUGGUUAG